AUGCUAUUAGAUGCGUUGCUGUUGCCCAUUUGUAUAAAAGACAAGCAAAGACUUUAUUCUGAUGCUUAGAGUUAUAUAUACCGAUAUUUUGGCUAGAAGGUGAAAUAAAUCAGCCAGGUAAAUAGAUAGAUGAUAUUCACAAGUAAAUUAUCCUUUAGAGUGACUUUUCAAGAAAUUAAGAUAGAUCGUUAUUUAAUUGAAGAGAGAGUUGGAAAAUUCUAAUUUUAUUAUGAAAUGAGUGUAAAAUAAGAAGUGAGUUAUUGA